AUGCCCGAUCUCAUCGGUUCAGUCAACCACUUUGACAUCAAACGCAGAGCUCACGGCCUCAGCCGCCGGAGUCAGGAGCAGACAUGGAACCCCUUUCGCCACGUUUCUUGGGAUAACCACCCAAGCAAGCGUUCCACAUGGGACGGCGCCAAUCUCGAGGCCCAGCGCGAGGUCCCCAGCAGGGCCGAGGACCAGGACACCGAGGAACAGAUUCACCACGUCCGGAGCGAACCCGCACCCAGAGACUCAGAUACCGUGCGCAGCUUGAGCAAAGAUGAGAGGUCAGCGACGGGCAGCGGCAGCGGCAGCGGAGAGACCAUGUUUGAGAACAAGGAGCAGGGCGCCGGAUUGAGGAAUCGUGGGACGGCCGACGCGGUGGACGACAGAAGCCCUCCCGAGGAAGAGAAACCGAAAAAGAAGAAGACCGGGUUGAUUAAACACGUCGAGCCGAAGGCGCCUUUCACCGUCGCCAACCAAUUACAACGGACCCUUCUCAACUCAUGGAUCAACAUUCUGAUAUUGGCCGCGCCGGCCGGUAUCGCCAUUUCGUACGUCGGAUCCGUCAACAAGAUCGCAGUAUUUGUUGUCAACUUCAUCGCCAUCAUUCCCCUGGCCGCAAUGCUGGGUUUCGCCACCGAGGAGAUUGCGCUCAGGACAGGUGAGUCGCUGGGUGGACUGCUAAACGCGACAUUCGGAAACGCCGUCGAACUCAUCGUUGCCAUUAUCGCCUUGGCCGAGGGCAAGGUCCUCAUCGUCCAGACCUCACUAAUCGGCUCCAUCCUGUCCAACUUGCUCCUCGUCAUGGGCUUCUGCUUCUUCUUCGGUGGCCUCCGCCGCCCCGAGCAGUACUUCAACACGACCGUCGCCCAGACCGCCGCAUCCCUCCUCGCCCUCGCCGUCGCAUCCGUCAUCGUCCCGAGCGUCUUCGACAAGAACGACGGCACCGACAACCCCGUCCACGUCGCCGCCCUCUCCCGCGGAACCGCCGUCAUCCUCCUCAUCAUCUACGCAUCGUAUCUCUUCUUCCAGCUCAAAACGCACCAGAAGGUCUUCAACGAGGAAUCGCAAAAGGUCGCCGCCAAGCCGUGGAGCCGUGGUGGAUUGAAGGAGGGCGCCCUGGGCCGCAGUCUCGCCGGAGCCGGUGCGCGCAUCGCGCAGACCGGCGUCCGCGGCGACAACGACCGCCAGGAGCUCAGCCGCAUCAUGAUGCAGCGCCCAGCGGAGGAGGAGGACGACGAAGAGGAGGACCCCCAGCUGCACUUCCUCGUGGCCGUCGGCACCCUCGCCGGCUCCACCGUCCUCAUCGCCUUCUGCGCCGAAGCCAUGGUCGGCUCCAUCGACUACGUCACCCAGACCAGCGGUAUCAGCGAGGAGUUCGUCGGUCUCAUCCUGCUCCCCAUCGUCGGAAACGCCGCGGAGCACGCCACCGCCGUCACGGUCGCCAUCAAGGACAAGAUGGAUCUCGCCAUCGGUGUCGCCGUCGGUUCCAGCAUGCAAGUCGCCCUCUUCCUCAUCCCGCUAUUGGUCAUCAUCGGCUGGGGCAUGGGCAACGACUCCAUGACCAUGAGCUUCGACCUCUUCCAGGUCGCGGUCCUAUUCGUUGCGGUAUUGCUGGUGAACUACCUGAUCAGCGACGGAAAGAGUCACUGGCUCGAGGGUCUGCAGCUCAUAUGUCUGUACGCCAUUAUUGCCACGUGCUCAUGGUGGUACCCCGCCACUGGCGUCGCCGGCUAA